GUGACAUCCUUCUCUGACGUGAAAGAAAGUGUAGAUUCUCGGACGUACAGCAAGUCGAGAAGUGAGAGUUGAGAGCCAGUGGUUGAGGAACAGGACGUGUUUAUCCUCUUCGUUUUGUUCCUCCUUGAAUUCCUCCACCUGUUAACUAGGUACAGCAUCAGGAACCCUUUGCUGAAGGAAAGAACUUGAGAGAAAAGAAGCUACUUGAUUAUGCCACUUUUCGGUAAGAAGUAUGCAGCUGACGUCACUGCGAAAUACAACACUAAAGAAUUGCUUGGGAAGGGAGCAUUUUCGGAGGUUAUUAAAGCUGAGGAAAAGGAAACCAAGAGAGGAGUGGCCAUCAAAAUAAUCGACAAGAAGUCAUUAAAAGGGAAAGAGGAUGCUCUCCAGAAUGAGAUAGACGUUUUGAAAAAAGUGAAGCACCCUAAUAUAGUUCAAUUGUAUGAAAUAUUUGAUGACAAGUCACGUCUUUACCUGGUCAUGGAACUUGUCACAGGUGGUGAAUUAUUCGAUCGCAUCAUUUCGAAAGGUUCUUACACAGAGAAGGACGCCACUGAGUUGAUACGGCAGGUCCUUGACGCUCUUGAGUACCUUCAUGAACUGGGUAUCAUACACAGAGAUCUUAAGCCUGAGAACUUGCUAUAUUACAGUCCUGCCGAUGAUUCUAAAAUCAUGAUCAGUGAUUUCGGAUUGAGUAAAACAAUUGAGGAAGGUCAAAUGGAUCAACUUGGAACUGCCUGUGGUACUCCAGGCUACGUAGCCCCCGAAGUAUUGAGGAGGAAACCUUAUGGCAAGGCAGUGGAUGUGUGGAGUAUUGGUGUCAUAUCUUAUAUUCUGUUGUGCGGUUACCCACCAUUUUAUCAUGAAAAUGACUCUGAAUUAUUCAAACAGAUAAUGCGUGGAGACUACGAGUUUGACUCACCAUACUGGGAUACUAUUUCCGAACAAGCUAAGGACUUCAUUCGUCACUUGAUGGAACUGGACGCCAGGAAACGCUACACUUGCAGACAAGCUUUAGAACAUCCCUGGAUUGCCUCGGGUCAGGCCAGCGAGGUGAACAUACAUGAAUCUGUCAGUGCCCAGAUGAGAAAGAGUGCUGCUAGAAUGAAAUGGAAGAAAGCGGCUCUUGUAGCAGCUGCUAUUAAUAUGAUGAAGAUUGGAACCCAGGAACAUCAUUCUUCUGGAGCCAGUGAAGAAGCAACUCCGCCCACUGAGAAAUCCUAACACUUAACCGUAGCCACACCCACACACACUCCUAGAUUGGCUCAACUUAAGUUUAAACUUAAUUUAAAUUUUAUCAACACAAAACGAACUUUUAGUUUCUUUAUUAUUAUUAUUGCUACAUGUAUUUUUAGUUUACUGGGUUCACAAUUUUUUUGCUCUCUAUUUUUGUCGAAAUAAUCAUUAUUUUUGUCGAAAUAAUCAUUAUUUUGAAAUUAUUCUUAAUUGUUGUUAAUGCCACUCAA